AUGGCUGCGCUGGUGGAGCCGCUGGGGCUGGAGCGGGAAGUGUCCCGGGCGGUGGAGCUCCUCGAGCGGCUCCAGCGCAGCGGGGAGCUGCCCCCGCAGAAGCUGCAAGCCCUCCAGCGAGUCCUGCAGAGCCGCUUCUGCUCUGCCAUCCGGGAGGUGUAUGAGCAGCUCUACGACACGCUGGACAUCACCGGCAGUGCUGAGAUCCGGGCCCACGCCACGGCCAAGGCCACGGUGGCCGCCUUCACAGCCAGUGAAGGCCACGCACAUCCCAGGGUAGUGGAACUGCCGAAGACAGACGAGGGCCUGGGCUUCAACAUCAUGGGGGGCAAGGAGCAGAAUUCGCCUAUCUACAUCUCCCGUGUCAUCCCCGGGGGCGUAGCUGACCGCCACGGAGGCCUGAAGCGUGGGGACCAGCUGCUGUCAGUGAAUGGUGUGAGCGUUGAGGGCGAGCAGCAUGAAAAGGCAGUGGAACUUCUGAAGGCUGCCCAGGGCUCAGUGAAGCUGGUGGUACGCUACACACCUCGGGUGCUGGAGGAGAUGGAAGCCCGCUUUGAGAAGAUGCGCUCCGCCCGGCGGCGCCAGCAACAUCAGAGCUACUCGUCCUUGGAGUCUCGAGGCUGA